AUGGCUGCCGUGUACUUGCCCAUGGCUGCAUGUUCUGGCUUCCGAGCGCAAAAGGUCACAGAAAAGCAGCCCCACUGCGACCGCGCCGCCUCUGACGACGAGUUGAUGCCAGUCCUCGAGGGUGUGGCGGAGAAGCAGCCCAGGAAGUGCAACGGCUGCCUGCUCCAAUGA